AUGCUUCACGUUGUUUAUUCCAGCACUCCGCCAGAAUGGCUUCAACAAAUGACCCGGUGGCAAUAUUUUACGCCAGAGUCUUUAGAAGAAAUGACCCAGGAAGGAUUAGAAGAGAUAUUUGCACAAUACGCACAGACAAUGGAAGCCUUCAGACCCAUCAAGAAUACUAGCUUUCCUUUCGAAGAAGAGAUAUUUGAUGAUGAAGAUGAUGGACAAGGGGAUGAUCUCUGGAUAGCCGAAGAGGAAGUUGAGCCUAUUCUCCCACCACAACAGAUACCAUUACAGCCUCCACAGCCAAUCGAAUCCAUCUUUUCUCAACCCAACGCAACACUUUCAAAUGAAUCCGUCGAGUUUCCCAAGAGGUCCCCUUCACCACUCUCCGAAAAGCCUUUACCAGCAAACCCCAUUGUCAAUGAUGACACUGCCAAACAAGCUCGACGUAAAAGCGGCUUUAGCGGUAAUAACAAGAACAGACUGAGUUGGACAAGUGAUACAGGAUUGACGUCUAGCGUCGUUUCUCAAAACUUGGCAAACGAAAUCAUGAGUUUAUUCGAUAUGGACUUUGCCGUCGACAUUAAAGUGGAUACAGCACCGAAAUUACCCGAAUUAUCUUAUAGGAGAAAAUCACAGCAUCGUCAAUCACAAGACAUGUUGACAAGUUUAAUACCGGCUUUUGAAAAAAUCGCGCUGGAGAACUCUCUAGCUGAAUAUAUCGCUGCACCUGCACCACCACCUCCUCCACAACAUAGACCCAGUUUAAUUAUUCGCUCUGUACCUCAACGUUCUUCUUCACUUCGCAACAGACAAGAGAUUCUUGCCAGUCCUCCUCCUACACCCGAUGAGGGACAUUUAACCAAGCAAAAGUCCUUAUUACGUUUGGCUUCAUUAAUUACCACCAAGAAAAAGGAUUUACCUCAGAGUCCAGAGCCAUCGCCUGUGUUUCAACAUCAGCAGCAGCAGCAGCAGCAGCAGCAGCAACAGCAGCAACAACAGGCCACUUAUUUUAAUCAUCCAGAGAUUGUAAAUACACCAAGAAAAACCAGUACAUCUACAGUAGACUCAUCGAGUUCUUCAUCCAGCUGGUCUGUCGUGUCCGAAAGUACUCAAAAGCCGUUGCCGGAACGACCCAACUCACCCGACUUUGUAUCGGUGGAAGAAAAGACACGCACGUACCGACACAAGAAGAGAAAAUCCGUGAUGGAAAAGACCAUGUCCAAACGUAAAAGUGUACUGGAUGAGCCUUCCAUGCCUCUAUCUCGAUCGAAAUCAGCCUUUAUUAAGAUCGGCAAUGGGCUAAAGACAAAGAAACAAUUAAAACAGAUUCGACGUACAUCUUCUGCCAAGAAUCUAACAACAGAGAAUACAAGUUUUUACACAGGUGAGCAUUAUCAUACGGUGAACGAAGUCAAUUAUAGUCCAAUUUCCGAUGAAAGCGUCACACACCAAAGCCCGAGUAGUUUUGUCAAAAGAAUGGCUUCAUUUAGUUGGCGAAUGAAACCUAGAAACAAACCGGUUGAGGUUUAA